UUAUCAAACGACGUCCACUAUCAAAACUAUGUCAGUUGAUUGUCGUCGUGGCACUUGCUAAAUUUUUAUGGAGUAGUUCGACUGUAAUCGGUACGUUUUUCGUAUUGCAAUGGACUUUGACGAUGACUAUUUUUUAGAGGAGGACACAUUUGCAUGUUACCAAUAAACCUGUACGGCAUCGAUAUGUACGACCAUCGGGAGUACUACAGAUGGACAUUCGAUGACUUGUAUCCCAUUGAGGACAAAAAGCACUUUUAAUAAUAAUAAUAAACUUUCAAAUAUAAAAAAUAUAAGUUAAAAAGAAAUGAGUGUGGAAGUUGGUGAGUUGCUGCAAAGCAGUGACAAUGAGGACAGUGGAACAGGAAAAACGGAAAAAGAUGAUGUAUCCGACGACAAGGAACUUCUUUUGUUCGAUAUGCCGGAAAGAGUCAGCCGCGAAAAUACAAUGGGGAUGACAGUGAGUUCGGGCAGUGUAACCAUAAAGAAGGAUGCCAAUAAUUUGAUAGGCAUAAGCAUCGGCGGGGGCGCACCGUUAUGCCCUUGCCUGUACAUAGUCCAGAUCUUUGACAACACUGCUGCGAGUCGAGAUGGCACCCUGCAAUCCGGUGAUGAACUCGUCUCCAUCAACGGCCAGUCGGUCAAGGGGAAGACCAAAGUGGAGGUGGCGAAAAUGAUCCAGUCCACAAAGGACGAAGUCAUUAUUAACUACAAUAAGUUGCAUGCGGACGCCGGUCAAGGCAAAAGUCUGGACAUCGUGCUCAAAAAGAUGAAGCACAGACUAGUGGAGAAUAUGAGCUCGUCAACUGCCGACGCCUUGGGUUUAUCACGGGCGAUUUUGUGCAAUGAUACCCUGGUGAAAAAAAUGCAGGAAUUGCAGGACACUGAAAUCAUGUACAGGGGUUUGGUGGAGCACAGUAAACGGGUCCUUCAGGCUCACAUGGAGCUUCACCAGGCCAUCAAAGCCAUGGGCGAUGUUUUCGCCAGUUUGGCUGUAAGAGAGCCUCAACACAGGGCCAGUGAAGCUUUCAGGUUGUUCGGGGAGCAACAUAGGAACUUGGAGAAAGUCGGUAUCGAUAUGGUCAAAAAAGUUAAACCAGUUUUAUCGGAUUUAGGCACGUAUUUAUACAAGGCAAUCCCAGACACAAGAUUAACUGUAAAGAAGUAUGCCGACGCCAAAUUUGAAUAUUUGGCCUAUUGCUUGAAAGUGAAGGAAAUGGAUGAUGAGGAAUGCAGUUAUGCAGCCAUUCAAGAACCUUUAUACAGGGUGGAAACUGGCAAUUAUGAGUAUAGGUUAAUCCUGAGGUGUCGACAAUUGGCCAGAGCUCGUUUUGCAAAACUUCGCUCAGACGUUCUGGUAAAAAUGGAACUGUUGGAUAACAAACACGUCCAGUCUUUGGGUGGCCAUUUAUCCAAACUGAUCCGAGGUCUUUCGGAACUCCACACCAGCACCAUAGAGUUGUUCCAGGGCCCGGCUUUGUUUCCAGUCGAAGUGGACUUAUCCAACAGCGCGUUCCAAUACAAAAGCACCACACCAGUAUUCCAAAAUUCCGAAGACGUGGAGGAUGAGAUCGAAAACGGAGAGGAGAUCUCCGACAACGGACCGAACGAAAAUUUGAUACGGAAUUUGGGCGGAAGCAUGGAGAACAUGGUCGGCGAGAACCAUGCCCUGUUACCAGAUCUGCAGAGUCAGGCGGAGCCGAACUACGACGAAAUGGAUAACCUCACCUUGCUCGCAUCCCUGAGCAUCCAGGACAACCCCGCCAAUUUAAACGGGCCUCUGUUACCUAAUCUUAAUUAGCUUUAUUAUGUCGUUGUUAUUGUGUAACUUAUUUGUAUGUAUAUGAUUCUAUUGAAUAAAAAUAAAUCUAUAUCGAA